UCUUUACCAAAAGGAUUCCAUCUUUGUCCUAAAACUAUGAUUGUCAUGUCGUGGACAAUGAGAGAUGUUACGGAAAGUAAAUAAACGAGCUUGUUACAGCUUUAUGAUGCCCAACGUUUUGGGCAAUCUACUGAAUGGCAGCAAAGCAAAAUUUCUAUAUAUUCAGUCCCUUCGAUCGUAUUUUCAUUGCUUGGAUGACAUGGCAUCUUACACAGCUUUUUUCCUUGCAUUGGUGACGGGAAUACUGUCUCUAUGUGCACCUACAGCUAGUGGUGGUGAAGCCAUUGAUCUUGAAGCUCUAUCUUCCUUCAAGAUUUCUAUAACCUCAGAUCCCCUCGAUGCUCUGGCCAAUUGGCGAAACCUUACCCAUCACUGUAACUGGCCUGGUGUGGCCUGUGAUUCGCGCAGGAGCGUCGUCUCCCUCAUUUUGCCUGAAAAGCAGCUUGAGGGCGUCAUUUCCCCUUUCAUUGCUAAUAUUUCUUAUCUGACUUACCUGGAUUUAUCGUCAAAUUCCUUCCGAGGCUCAAUUCCUUUCUGUUUGGGUAAAUUAGGUCGGCUCCAGUCUUUGAGUCUAGCCAGCAAUGUUUUGGACGGUAGCAUUCCUGAGACCAUUGGGAACUGCAUCAGUUUGACAACAGCUAGUCUCUCGAACAAUAAACUAUCAGGCCAUAUCCCUUCUGCUCUCGGUGGCUGCAAGAAGCUUCGAGGACUUGACCUGUCUAGCAAUGUUCUAGAAGGUAUGAUUCCUGUGAAUAUUUCUCAGCUGCUCAAUUUGGAACAACUUCUCAACCUGUCAAAUAAUCGGUUAGAGGGUGUAAUCCCAGCUGAAAUAGGUCGCCUUAGUUUGUUAUCAAGUCUUGAUCUUUCUUCUAACAUGCUGAGUGGAAGGAUACCAUCGGAGCUGGGGAAUUUGACAAAGCUGAGAUAUCUGAAUAUUUCUCGCAAUCACCUUGAAGGCCCUGUUCCUCAGAUUGGAGUUUUGGCAAGUUUUAAUUGGUCGAACUUUGAGGGAAACGAUGAGCUCUGUGGUGUGAGUGACUCGAGCCCAUGCUCUAAGGUAGCGCGUUCUCAUCAACACAGACGACAUACUGCAAUGGUUGCUUCUGUAGUUUCAGUUUGUGUCUUUCUCGCUCUACUGUUUUGCUUCGUUUUCUAUUGUAUUUGUUUGAGGGAUCGUCACCGGACUACUCUAAUAGAGUACAACCCUUAUCCCGACCCAAAUUACAAAAAGAGCUACCUGCAGGAAAGGACCGACUCUUUCAAUGCCGAAAACAUUAUCGGAAGCAGCAGCGGGAGCAUUGUCUACAAAGGGGGAAACAUAGCUGUGAAUGUUUAUAAGACUGAUUGUUCUCGACAGACAGAUUUUUUCUAUAGGUACAUAGGUUCUCUCCUUAAAAUUAGGCAUCGCAAUCUACUGAAUGUGGUGGGAUUUUGCCGUGAGGAAAGUUUUUAUGCUUUAGUAACAGAAUACGAGCCCAACGGACAUCUAGAUACUCUCAUGCAUGCUGCGAGAAUGGAGGACCGCAGGAUGACGUUCGACCUAAGCAAGCGUAUUGAUGUUCUCAUAUCCACAGCCGGGGCACUUAUUCAUCUGCACGAAUAUUGUCAGUCUCGCAUCGUCCAUGGCCAUCUGAAGCCCACAAACAUUUAUCUGGAUGAACAUUUUCGAUUUCGUGUGGGUGGUUUUGGUACGCUUGAACUGCUUCAAGACCAUCUUCAGCAAGAAAGGAAAGCUUCGUCUGCUAUGGAAGGGACAAUCAGCUACUUAGCACCAGAGCUAGCCGACAUGGAAAGGGUGACUCCAAAAGCUGAUGUUUUCAGCCUUGGCGUAAUCUUAAUGGAAAUGUUGACGGGGAGAAAAGCCCCUGCAAGUUUGGAAACCGAAAGUGGCGAAAGAAUAAGCCUGCGACAGUGGAUUGAAAAGGGCAUCAAUGGCGGCAGCCUAGCUACUCUAGCUGAUCCAGCUCUUGGGCAGAACAUAAGUGAGAGAGAAAGCGAAAGAAAAAAGAUUGCUGAUCUAUUUAAGAUAUCUCUGCUGUGUACCGAAGAAAUAGUGGAAAGUCGUCCAACUAUGAGCCAGGUGCUUGCUUGGCUUGAUAAUAUUAAACACGAUAGAGUGGACAGUAACACUGGUAUUUGAAUGUGCGUGAUCUCCCUUUGCUGUAAAGAGUUUGCCGGUCUAUAUUUCUGGGAUGUGUUCUGAUUUUCUCUUUCCACAAUGAAAGACUUUAUGUGGAAGGACUUGUUUGUAGUGUAAGAAUUACAAUGCGUAUUUUGUAUCGUAAUCAUUUUAUUGUGAGUUCUAUAAUGUUUUGUAAAGCAUGUAAUCAAUAUUUCUUUAUAUGAUAUAAUUGAUCUGUAUGGUUAUAUCAUUUAUAACUUCCUUUUGCUUUUUCAUA